AUGGCAAAUGUAGUAGAAAUGGAUUAUUUCUCUAGUUUUAAGAAACAACUAGAGUCAGAGGGAAUCGAUUACGUUGCCAAUCAAAUAGAUUUCGAUGUUGCACCUGUCGAUUGUUUACGUUUCCUGGCAGAGUUACAUCGAGUGUUUGGAACGGAGCGUGUUUCGCUGUUGGACGAGCGUGUACGAAGAAGUGCUUUUCUUGUGGCUGGCGGUGUGCUUACACUCCCACAGGAUACGGAGAGCAUCCGUUGUGAUCCGUCGUGGCGCGUUCAAACAAGCAUACCUCCAGCUCUAAAAGAUCGCACCGUUGACAUUGUCUGCAUGGAUGCCACCACUGAGCAGUCGCUCAUCGCCUGUAUGACAAGCGGUGCCAACGGUGUGCAAGUGGACUUUGACGAUGGCUUCCAAUGUGGCUGGCAAAACGUUCGCAAUUCACAUACCACCCUGAAAAAUGUGGUGGCGACGCGAACCGCCUCGGAGACUUCCGACGCCGUUCUGCUGGUGCGUCCGCGCUCGUUGAAUCUCUCAGAGUUUCAUGUGUUGGUCGAUGGCGCGCCAGUCUCUGGUUCGCUAUUUGAUUUCGGUGUGCAUAUGUUUCACAGUGUGAAGUCGACGAUCGCCAACAAAGAGUGCGAUGCAUUCCCUGAGAGAUCGCAACUCGGACUCAACCAAGAGUUUCUCUUGGCAUACUACAAGCUUCUUGUUGCCAUCGCACAUCAACGCGGCAUUGCUGCAACCGGUGGAAUGUCGCCACUCUUCCCAAGUGGCGCGGCAACAGAGUUGUCACCGGAGGAACUGGAGAGUGUGUACAAAGGCAAGCUGGCAGAGGCAGAGCUAGGAUUCGACGGUGCUUUGGUUGCACAUCGUUCAGCAGUAGAAGCCUGUCGUAAAGCAUUUUCAAACCGAUCAGACAUCAAGGUUGCAUCGAUCGACGGUGACAUUUGGCAUUACCACAAAUCGCUAUUAGCCAUUCCAAAAGGCGACAUCACAUUGGCCGGUGUCAAUUCAUCCAUCACAGUAUUAGUACUAUAUAUUCUAAAGUGGUUAAAAGGUGUCGGUGCUACAGCAAUUAAUGGAGUCGUAGAGGAUUUGGCAACUGCUGAAAUUAAUAGAGCAUUGCUUUGGAGAUGGAUAAGAUCACAUAUUAAAACUAAAGAAGGUGUAUUAAUUAGUUUCCAAUAUGUAUUGAAGAGUGCAAGAGAGAUAGCGAUGUCAAACAAUGUAAAACCAGUCGACUUUACCAAUCUCGAGAGAGUGAUUAGCAUACUCUUGCAUUCACAUUCAUUCAUUGAUUUCAUGCCAACCAUAAUGUAUCCAUUUGUAACUACUAUUCAAUUCGAAGCUCAACUUGGAACUUUGUUAGAGUGGAUAUGCGAAGGUGUAGUUAGAGUAACUCCAAAGCAAUUGGAAACAAAUCGAUUGGAUUUCUUAUUAUCUUCUGGUAUUCAUGGAAAUGAAACUGCACCGAUCGAGUUGAUGGAUAAAAUUCUACAAAUGAUAUCAACAGAUCAAUUGAUUCCCGUUGGUUGUAGACUGUUGUUUAUUUAUGGAAAUCCUGAUUCAAUUAGAGCAGGUAAACGUUUCAUUGAUGUAGAUAUCAAUAGGCUAUUCAAUGGAAGACAUAGUGACCAAGAGUACUCUGGUUGUCUAGAGUCAAAGAGAGCAGAGUUGUUGGAAAGAAUUUCUUUGGAGUUCUUUACAGCGCUGAAACCAAAGUCAAACUUGGUGGUUGAGCAAAUACAUUAUGAUAUGCAUACUGCCAUACGAGGAUCCAAGAUAGAAAAGUUUGCAAUCUAUCCUAAAAGUAAUGCUUCUUCUCCAAAACAGUUGGCACGUUUGGCACAGUCAGAUCUCGAAGCUGUGGUAAUUCAAAACGAGGUUGGAAGAUCAUUCAGUUGGUUCACUCAUAGCAAAGCUAAAGUAGAGUCAUUCACUCUGGAGUUGGGAAAGGCAAGUCCAUUCAAACAAAAUCAGGAAAUAGAUCUCAGCCGAUUAGAGAAUAAAUUAAUAUCUAUGAUCGAUGGAAGUGAAGGAUGUAUCGACUUGGACAGUGCUAACAAUCUACAACUAUUUAAAGUAUCUAGAGAAAUAAUUAAAAAGACAGAUAGUUUCAAAUUGAACCUAGAUCUUAAUUAUGUAAAUUCAAUUAGGUGUCCAGUUUUCCAACUUCCAUGUGGAUCAAAGAGAUGUUAUGAUCCAGGUUUAUAUACAUGUCCUAAACCAGGCUUAAUAUGUCCGUUAGGACAUGUUGUACAUGCCAGCCACGAGGCAAAAGAUGUAUUUAAUAUUUAA